UGAGUUGGUCAUGUGACUCUGUGCUCUCAGAGGUCAGUCCCUCUGUUUAAACAGACAUAGGUAUGGGAUUAGCCGGUUUCUACACACAUUGACAGGAAAACACCUAACGAUGGCCACACUCUGACAGCCUUGGGACACAAACAGGUAGGGGGAAUCUAUACUGAAUAAUCAGAAGAAAGAACGAAGAGUUUCAUCAGAAUGUGUAUAGGACAGUCGUAAACCGGAAAGCAGGAUCACAUAGGCAGGCAGGCCGGUAGUCCCGAUUGUGGCGAUGCCUUCAAUUGUGCCUUUUCCUUUUUGUGUUCCUGUUGACAAAACGGUUGUCAUGGCGUCCCUGGAGGAGGAGUUGACGUGUUCAGUGUGCCGUGACGUCUUCAGCCAGGCCCAGCCCUUGCCGUGCGGCCACAGCUUCUGCCCAGCAUGUGUGCGAGACGCCUGGGGCCACGGGGAGGCGGGGGUCAGGGGUCGCUUCACCUGCGCACAGUGUCAGGAGGAACAGGGGGUUGUGGCGUGUGACUGCUGCCCCCCUGUGGGGGAUGGGGACCAGUCUGGGAACGCUGCGGCGGUGAAGACCUGUCUGCGCUGUGAGGUGUCUCUGUGUGCCGAGCACCUGAAGCCCCACCUGGAGCGGCCCGCCUUCAAGACACACUUGCUAGUGGAACCUCUGGGAGACCUGUCCCACCGCAGGUGUCCUGCCCAUGAGGAGAUGUUCCGCUACUACUGUGCAGACGAGCGGGUGUACGUGUGUGCAGACUGUUUAUUGGAGGGUGGCCACACACAGCACCGGGUUAAAGGACUGAGAAAGGUGGAGGAGGACCUGAAGGUCAUCCUCCAGAGUCUUCUCCAGAAAGCAGAUGAGAAGCUGAAUAAAGGUGAACAGAUCCUCCAAGAGCACCGGAACACUGACCGCACUAUAACAGACUUGUCUGUGGCAGAUGACUCCCAGGUGGAGCGUAUGGGUAUAGCCCUGCAGCUGCAGGUGGAGAGGCUGGUGCUGGCCCUGAGGGAGAGCACCAGGAAAGAGAGGCAGCAGGCCGUGGAUCGCCUCCAGAACAACUGCAGCAGGGUUCGAGAGGACCUGAGCCAGACCCGGGACAUCCACCACUACCUGGGCUCCUUGCUGGAGGAGACAGACCCCUUCCUGCUCAUCUGGGCAUUUCAAUCUGAUGACUCAAGGCUGCUUGCGGACCUGAACUGUCCCUUGUUCACUCCUGACUCCCUCAGCCUGGACAGGAAGUAUAUUAUGGAGGAUAUCGAGAGCAAGUACAGAGAGUUCAUCACCGAGACACUGCGCUGUCUCACCGAACUCAAGAGGGAGCUCUUAACAAGUCCGUUGACUCUGGACACUAACUCUGCCCAUCCUCUCCUGAGCAUUUCGGACGGCCUGCGGUCAGCCAUGCGGGUCAAACAGCGCCUUCCGUGUGCCACUCACCCUGACCGCUUUGACCACUGGGCUCAAGUCCUGACCGUCCAGACCUUCUCCUCUGGAACCCAUUACUGGGAGCUGGAGGCAGAGGGCUUCUGGGACAUUGCGGUGUCCUACCGGAGCAUCGGGCGGAAAGGGAAGGAGGGCACUGCCUUUGGAAAUAACAAGAUGUCUUGGAGCCUGACGCAGCAGCACGACAGGAAGCUGGCUGCCUGGCACAACCGCAGGAAGACCCGCCUUUCCAGCCGGAUGUCAGGCAACCGUGUGGGUGUGGCCCUGGAUUAUGGCAUAGGCACAAUCACCUUCUCAGAGGUGGGGCCUUCCAACACCCUGACCCACUUGCACACCUUCAGCACCUCCUUCAACCAGCCUGUGUGCCUAGGCUUUGGCCUCUACAAGGCUGAGCUCCACAGCAGAAUCUCUAUAGUGAGGGUGUGAGGAAUCAUUCGAGACCAGAGAAUAAAAAUUAUAUUUCUAUAGCUGGGACACCUUCGGGGUGGGCCUC